AUGUCAGAAGAAAGUGAAGGAUCUCCAAUCCAAGAUACGACCCAGGAGGAAGAAGAGGAAGAAGAAGAAGAUGAAGAUGAACACAGUCAAGAAGUUCCUAACCUGUCAGAAGAAGAAGUAGAUACUGCUACUUCUCUCAAUGCAUCCCAUGCAAAUAGAGCACUCGAACAAGGACACGAACUAGAAGUUCCGAUCUUUCAAGAACUCCCUCAACAACCACAGAGAGAAGAUGAUCAUCAACAAGAACAUCAUCAACAUACUCCUGCUUCUCCCAAUGCAUCCCAUGCUAUUACAGAACAGCCCAGAGAACAGGAACAAGGACAAGAAGAUGACGAAUUUGUGGACAUUCUGACUGUUUCACCACCUCCAGAGUCACCAUCUAAACGACCAGUCCAGGACUCUGAUGAAGAAAACACUCAGGGAAUGGAGAAAAAGCAGAAGACAACGGUCCCUGAAGAUGACACUCCUCCAAGACCGUUUCUUGAGAUGGUGCUGACAGAUAUCGAUCAUGAGAUUGGAUUCUUGACUAGCCUAGUUAAUUUCCACGAGAAAUAUAUGGUGUACCCAUAUUUUGAUUCUGUUUCUUUAGAACAGUUCAUCAAGAAUUGGCUUCAAAUCGAAACCAGUAAUCAGAAGCUGCUUGAAGUAAUAGUGAAGCUAAGAAAGAAGUACAUGAAGACUAAUACCAAGAUGGGUGUGAGUGAGAAUUUUUCUGAUGCUCGUGAUCAGACGGCAUUCAAUUUAGCGCACAAGUUAUGGAGUAACGAAAAAGAAGAAGAUUGGAAGUUACUGAAAAUGGGGAUUAUUGCACCAGUACUACAUGGACCUGAUGAAGAACCUGAUGCUGCAGGUGGAGAUCCCGGAUGCAGUUAA